UUGAAGUUUUCAUGACACUUCUCACAUAACAUCUCUAUGUGAAGUGGAGGCCUAUAAAUAGAAUUGAAGGCAUGACGUUUUACACUUAAGAAGAGACACAACACAAACACAUUCAAGUGUUCUUCUCUUCCUCUUCCUUUGUACACAACUCUGUUUCUAGUUUCUGUGUACCAUAACAUAGUACUAGUAAUGGAAGGAGAUAAAUGUUGUUCAAGUUUAUUUCAAAGGUGCAAGCCUUACAUAGCUAUGAUUUGUCUGCAAUUUGGUUUUGCUGGUAUGAAUAUAAUAACAAAAGUCUCACUCAACCGUGGAAUGAGUCAUUAUGUUCUUGUUGUUUAUAGACACGCUUUUGCUACCGCAGCUAUUGCUCCAUUCGCUGUAGUUCUUGAGAGGAAGAUAAGGCCGAGAAUUACAUUUCUUAUGUUCAUGCAAAUGUUCGUCUUGGGACUCCUUGGACCUGUGAUUGAUCAGAAUCUAUACUAUGCUGGGUUGAAAUUCACAUCUCCAACAUACUCAUGUGCUAUUAGCAAUAUUCUUCCUGCUAUGACAUUUGUAAUGGCUGUUAUUUUCAGGAUGGAGAAAUUGGACAUGAAAAAACUAAGAUGCCAAGUAAAAGUGAUUGGAACUGUAAUCACAGUUGGUGGGGCUAUGGUGAUGACACUAUACAAAGGACAAGUUAUUCAAAUUUUAAGUUCUCAAUACAUGCAUCAUCCUAGAAAUUAUGUAGCUGAAAACAAUACUGAUUCUGGUGAAAAAGAUUGGGUUAAGGGUUCUAUUCUCCUCAUAAUUGCUACCUUUGCUUGGUCUUCUUUCUUCAUCCUUCAAGCAGUAACAUUAAGGAAAUAUUCAGCACAGCUUUCACUGACAGCCAUAGUAUGUUUCUUGGGAACACUUCAAUCAAUUGCAGUAACAUUUGUUAUGGAGAGUAAGCCAAAUGUUUGGAACAUUGGUUGGGACAUGAAUUUGUUAGCCGCGGCAUAUGCUGGUAUAAUAUCAUCAGGUCUUACAUAUUAUGUUCAAGGGAUUGUGAUGCAAAAGAAAGGGCCAGUUUUUGUCACUGCUUUCAGUCCUUUGAUGAUGAUCAUUGUAGCUAUCAUGGGCACUUUCAUCCUGGCAGAAAAAUUAUAUCUUGGAGGUGUUAUUGGAGCAAUUUUGAUCGUAAUAGGACUUUACUCGGUUCUAUGGGGAAAAAACAAAGAAAACAAAGAGAUUGAAGCAGAGAUUACAAUAACAGAAGGAACAAAGUGUUGUGUAGAAAAUGGAGGAUUGAAAACAGUGAUUGAAGAAGGUGUUGAAAUAAAUGACAUUGAGAUGCAAAAGGAUGAACCUACUAAAGUUUUAAGGGUCACAAUUAUUAGUGCUCCAAAACUUUAAACGUGUAGUGUAGAUAUUUUAGGAAUAACAAAAAAAAGUGCAAUGAAAAAAAGGGUCACGUAGAGUUGAGAAAUUGGGAAGGGUUUUGUUUUGUGUACCUUCUUUAUCUUCUUCAUCAUCACCACUACCUUUCUUUGGAAAACUUUGGUAAAGCAUUUUUGGUGGUUGAUUAGGACCAUUAAUUAGUGUGGGCCCGGUUGUUGAUAAUGUAGAUUAAUUAAAUUUUGCAUACUUUGUUCAAAAGGAAAAUAUAUUGCCAAACUCUUGUACAA